CUGCGACCGACAAUAACUUUUUUUGUAACCGACAAUAUCCACCAGCUGGACUGUACCUGUGUAGUGCCCUAAAUUAAAAUCGGCGUGAUUGCGUCACUAUGGAAACAACAAACAAAGUUAUUAAACUUUAUUGACAACCUAUUUAAUAUCAUAUGAAAGAAAGUAAGAUAAAGAAUAUAGCAGCAAAAAUCAUAUGACAUCCUUAUAUUUUGGCUCUACUUCAUCUCACUUUUGAUCCUUGUUACUGUGUACGCCACGGCAUCGGGAGCAUCGGUGUAACAUACGGGGAUUAAAUUAGUUUUCUCUCAGCGAACUGGUGCCUUAACUUGAAACUCUUUCCACCCUUAAAUUUAGAAAUGAGCAACAUCAACUACAAUGCACUGAAUCAAUCAAUACAGCGCCAUGACAGCAGUUACUAUCAGCCUAUAAUUCUACCAGAUCCACUUGAGCGUUACGGCUCUGCUCAUCUUGACCAAGAUAUUUUUGGAAUUUCAGUUUCUAGGUCAACCAAAGAUCAGCAAAUGGCUUUUGUAAGAAAAGUUAUAUUAAUAACCGCAAGUCAGCUCUUAUCUAUAUCGUGUAUGACGUUUUUUAUUGUUAAAGUCUAUCCAUUGUUUCAGUGGCUUAAAGAUAGUGUGUAUGUUUGGUGGAUACCUCUUUUACCUGCCGCUAUAGUUGCGGCAAUCAUGUUAUGGCAACUCUGGACGCAGUAUUUUCAGUUAUCACCGAGGAGUAGAACUGUGAUGUUAUCCAUCUAUAGCGUGUCGAUGUCUAUUGCAGCUUCACAUAUGAUAUCAAAGUUAAUUUACAAGGAAGGUAUUCUAGUGGUCAUGAUGUCUACAUUUGGUCUCUUUUGUUUACUCUUUUAUACUUUGCAAAAGAAGUUUCCCUUCUCUGGAGCAUUUCCAUUUGUCUGUAGUCUAGGUUCUAUCUGCCUAAGUUCUCUAUGGUUUAGACAUCUAUAUGAGAUGGACCCGUUAGAAAUUAUAUUCCCAAUCGCAGUUUCCAGUUUGACAUGCAUCUAUGUGAUACUCGAACUUUAUUUUAUUAUGAAGAAUGUUAUGUCUGAAGAUUAUAUCCUUGCCAACAUAUAUCUCUUUGUUGAUUUUGUAUAUCCAAUUCGAUUUAUACACCACUUUUGUGAAUUGACAGACAACAUGAAUGUAUUCCCAGAAAUCCUAUACCCAGGAGAUGUUUAAUAGAUUAUUUAUAUUUAAUUAAAGUGGAAGCGAUGGUUGCCUAUGAAACCCUUUCUAAUUUAGGCUAAACCACUGGUCAUGACAAUCAGAAAAAAAAAACUCAUGUCGACAAGCCCGGAAGUUCCGUUUUGGAGAGAGAAAAGAAAAUGUUCUCGAAAAAGCUUAAUUUA